AUGUACCAGAGCCUGACUCUGCCCUCCAACCAGUCGCCUUACGCGCACGACUCCGGGAAUUACAUGCAUCCGUCGGGCUCCCCGGUGUACGUGCCCCCCAGCCGGGUCCCGGCCAUGCUGCCCUCGCUGCCCUACCUGCAGAGCUGCGACGCGCCGCACCAGACGCACCACGGCUGGCCGCAGGCCGCGGCGGCGGACGGCUCGGCGGCCUUCUCCAGCAGCAGCCCGCACCACCACCACCACCACCACCACCACCACGCGGCCUCGCACGGAUUCUCCUACCCGCACAGCCCGCCGGGGAGCUCCGGCGGCGCGCGGGACGCCGCCUACCAGAGCCCGCUGGUGCUGGGCGGCGGCGCGCCGCGCGCGGAGCAGUACGGCGGCGCGCUGGUGCGUCCCGUCGGCGGAUCCUACUCCGGCCCUUACGCGUACAUGAGCCCGGAGAUGGCCUCGUCCUCCUGGACCCCGGGGCCCUUCGAGAGCGGGGUGAUCAGCCUGCAGGGCCGCCAGGGAGGCCUGUCCGGGAGGAGGUCCAGUCUGGACAUGAUGGACGACCUGCCCGCGGAGGGCCGGGAGUGCGUCAACUGCGGCUCCGUGUCGACGCCGCUGUGGCGCCGCGACGGCACCGGACACUACCUGUGCAACGCGUGCGGCCUCUACCACAAGAUGAACGGCAUCAACCGGCCGCUCAUCAAGCCGCAGAAGCGCCUGCAGACCACGUCCCGCCGGGCCGGCCUGUGCUGCACCAACUGCCACACCAGCACCACCACGCUGUGGAGGCGCAACGCCGAGGGCGAGCCGGUGUGCAACGCCUGCGGCCUGUACAUGAAGCUGCACGGGGUGCCCCGACCUCUGGCCAUGAAGAAGGAGAGCAUUCAGACCAGGAAGCGCAAACCCAAGGUGCCCAAGAAUAAAACCUCCACAGGAUCCGUGACCUCUGACACGAGCUCGCCGACCUCCCUCUCCGUGUCGGAACACGCCUCCACCAUCAAGAGCGAGCCGAGCCUGGCGCCGUCGCCGUACGCCGGCCAGACGGUCGCCUCUGCCACUCAGGCGGCCUCCCGGUUAGACGGCGCAGGAUCGGGACACGUGGACAUUAAAUACGAGGAUUAUCCCUUUACCCCGACCUCCAUGUCCCCACAGAACUCCUGGUGCGCUCUGUCCCAGGCGUGA